AUCAGGGUGCUAGGGCACUAGUGCGCUCCGCGGCGGAGUUCGCUGUGCUUCAACUUCCGGUCUGGCCCGGCAGCGGCAGUACAUCUUGAACUACGCUGGGUGUUAGGGUUUGUGGACAGGCCGCAGUAACGCGUAGUAACGCCGCAGUAGUCUAUGGUUUUAGGUUAUCAUGACACUGCACACCAAACAGACUUUUAAUGAAAAUGGAAUUGCUUCAAGGAAAAAUGAAAUGCAAACUCUGCAAAAAGAGGAGGAAACUGGAGAAACACUCAAACGUCGACGGACUGCAGUGGAAGUGCCGACGUAAAAAACACAGAGGGAAAACGACGAAGAAGUCAGUGAGGUGUGUGUCCCUGUUUGAGAGGAGCAAAUUAUCCUUGUUCAGCUGGAUGAAAUACAUUUACAGAUUUUCCCAGGGACUGCAGCUAAGGCAAAUGGACAUGCUGCAGGAUGGCGUGGCAGGAAGCAGUCGCACGCUGUCAAAAAUGAGCCAGAAGUUGAGGAAGGUCUGCAAGCGUGCAAUCAAGAGGAGAGAAAGGAGGGGAAAGCAAAGACUUGGAGGACCAAAUGAAUUUGUCAUGCUGGACGAAAGCAACUUCUACCACAAAAGGAAGUAUGGUAGGGGAAGAUUCGGUCCUACGUGGAGGAGGAGAAAAUGGGUCUUUGGUAUGCUGGGCAUCAGAGGAACAAGGAGAAGACCUAUCCUGAGGCUGGUGAAACAGAGAUCGAGGCGCCACUUAAUUCCUCUGGUCACAAAAUACGUUCGCCAAGGGACCACGGUGAUAACGGACAUGUGGAGGGCAUACAUCACUGCAAUCACAGAAAGUGGCUUUGUCCAUUUCUCUGUGAACCACAGCCGUUCAUUUGUGAACCCAGUCACAGGAGCCCACACCCAAAACAUUGAGCGGGCUUGGUCAACAUACAAGUCACAGGUCUGGAGACUGCGAGGAAACCGCACAGAGAAGACUCUGAAGAGUCAUCUUGCUUUCAUCGAGUGGACACAUUGGCUGGCAAAUAAACACAAAGAUGGUCCCUUAGGCAGAUUGCUGCAUGACAUACGCCGCUUUUACAAGUUCUGAAAGCAACCUCCUUUUUGUUAUUAGUGUGCUUUGGAUUGUUGUUUAAAUAAAAAUGUAAACUUGA